ACCGCCAGCUCGUGUUGCAUUCCGGAAUAUUUCCGUGUCGCUUAUGGAAAACUGUAUAAUAUAGGGGGAAAAUAAAAGAAUCCGGUGUGAAUAAAAAUAAUUAUUUGAUGAGGCUCCGACGCCAGAGCGUCUGUUUUCAACCAGGGAGGUGUAGAAGGUGCUCUGAGUGAAGAUGUGUAGGUAGUGCUCUUGAAGAUCCAGGGGACGCCAUGUCAGAAGAGGCGAUCUCAGAGAGCGAUCUGGAGCACAGCCUGAACAGCGAAGAGGAGGAAGAAGAGCAGAUGGGGGAGGAAGCUGAUGGGGAGAAUGACGCAGACGACGAUGAUGAUGGUGACGAUGAAGAAGAAGAAGAAGAAGAGGAUGAAGAAGGAGACUGUGCUGCAGAGGCCAUGGAGACGGAGGAGGGGGUGGGCCUUUCUAGCCCAGCCCACUCUUCACAUUCAGGGAGCUCCGCCCCGUCCUCCAGACCUCAAUCGCGGGCCUCUUCGAAGUCCACCUCGCGGCCUUCGAGUGCAUCCGGGUCACGGGGGAAAUCUGCGGCCGCAGGCUCCGCCCCCAAGAGGAAGUCAAAGAAGAAAAGCUCCAAACCUGCUAAACCUGCUCACCUGAGGAGGAACAUCAGGAAGCUGCUGGAGGAGCAUCAGCUGGAACCAGGAACAAAAGCAGCGCAGCAGGAGGAGCUGGAGAGGAGAAAACGCCUGGAGCAGCAGAGGAAGGACUAUCCAUUACCUGCUGUGGACCUGCCCUCCUUGGCAUCUGUUGUUAAGGGUGAGGUCAUUUGCCUGGACAGUAGCGGAGACGAGGGAGAGUCCAGAGGAUCCGCACCUCCUCCUAAACCAGCACCCAGAGACGAUGUGAUUGAGCUGAGCUCAGGUGAUGAGGAAACGUUCCACCUCAGUGAGGAGGAUGAUGAGCGCUCCACCUCACCUGGGACAGAGGAAAGCAGCGGCUCACACAUUAAUGAUGCCCUGAACCAACCAGACGCUCAGGGCAGAGUGCUGGUCAACAUUAACCACCCUGUCGAGGAGGCUGACCUGUUCCUCGCCCCACAGCUCGCCCGUGUUGUUAAACCCCACCAGAUUGGUGGGAUCCGUUUCCUCUACGAUAACCUGGUGGAGUCUCUGGAACGCUUUAAGACCAGCAGUGGGUUCGGCUGCAUCCUGGCACACAGUAUGGGAUUGGGCAAAACACUGCAGGUCAUCUCCUUCAUCGACAUCCUGCUCCAACACACAGGAGCCAGGACCGUCCUCGCCAUCGUGCCUGUGAACACUCUGCAGAACUGGUUAGCAGAGUUUAAUCUGUGGUUGCCUCCAGCUGAAUCCCUUCCUCCAGACACCGAUCCGGCCCAGGUUUCCCCCAGAACCUUCAGAGUGCACCUCCUAAAUGACGAGCACAAGACGACAGUGACCCGUGCGAAGGUGAUAGAGGAGUGGACGCGUGAUGGCGGCGUGCUGCUCAUGGGUUAUGAAAUGUACCGGCUGCUCUCUCUGAAGAAGAGCUUCGUCACCGGCCGCAAGAGGAAGUCGAAAAAACCUGCGGGGCCCAUCAUCAUCGAUCUGGACGAGGAGGACCGGCAGCAGGAGCUGAUGAAAGACAUCGAGAAGGCUCUCUCUCGGCCCGGGCCGGACGUGGUGAUCUGCGACGAGGGUCACCGCAUAAAGAACUGCCAUGCUAGCACGUCGCAGGCGCUGAAGAACAUCAGGUCUCGGCGGCGCGUGGUACUGACCGGCUACCCGCUGCAGAACAACCUGAUGGAGUACUGGUGCAUGGUGGACUUCGUGCGUCCAGACUUCUUGGGUACGAGGCAGGAGUUCAGCAACAUGUUCGAGCGGCCCAUCCUGAACGGUCAGUGCAUCGACAGCACGCCGCAGGACAUCAGGCUCAUGAGGUACCGCAGCCACGUCCUGCACAGCCUGCUCGAGGGCUUCGUCCAGAGACGUGGUCAUGAUGUCCUGAGCACACAGCUGCCCAUGAAACAGGAACACGUGAUCCUGGUGCGUCUCUCCCCUCUCCAGAGGGCGCUGUAUAAAGAGUUCAUGAAUCGUUUCCGUGAGGCGGGGAACAGUGGCUGGCUCGGCCUCAAUCCUCUCAAAGCCUUCUGUGUGUGCUGCAAGAUCUGGAAUCAUCCUGACGUUCUGUAUGAAGCGCUGCAGAAGGAAAACCUGGCCAAUGAGCAGGACCUGGACCUUGAUGACCUGAACGCCUCGGCGACGGGCCGCUGCCCCGCACCAGGGUUAAAGGGCAAGACCUCUGAUGGCUCCUGCGCUAAGGGGACACUCCCACCUCUGCAGGAACGAGCCAAUCAGGUCAUCACCUACGAAUGGGCGAAGGACAUCAUGAGCGGAUACCAGACCGGCGUGCUGGAGAACUCGGCUAAGAUGGUUCUCCUCUUCCAUCUGAUCGAAGAGAGCGUCAGCAGAGGAGACAAGAUCCUCGUUUUCAGUCAGAGUUUGUCCACACUAUCGGUGAUCGAGUCCUUCCUGGCUGUGAGAGCGAUCCCCGUCAAAAUGGACAACCAGAAGCAAAACUGGCUCCGUGGCAUCAACUAUUACAGGUUGGAUGGCAGCACAUCUGCCUCAGAGAGAGAGAAACUCAUCAACCAGUUUAAUGACCCGGCAAACACCACGGCCUGGGUCUUCCUCCUGUCCACCAGGGCGGGGUGUUUGGGUGUGAACCUGAUCGGAGCAAAUCGGGUGGUGGUGCUGGACGCUUCGUGGAACCCAUGCCACGACGCGCAGGCCGUGUGUCGAGUGUAUCGCUAUGGUCAGCACAAACCCUGCUACAUCUACAGACUGGUGUGUGACUUCACCCUGGAGAAGAAGAUCUAUGACCGGCAGGUGUCCAAGCAGGGCAUGUCUGACCGUGUGGUGGACGAUCUGAACCCCGUCCUCACCUUCACCCGUAAGGAGGUGGAGUCUCUGCUGCACUACGUGGAGGAGGAGCCUGAUCCCAGCCAAUCGGUGCUGCUGAACAACGAUGACAUGGAGGCGGUAAUCCAACAGGCCUGUCUGGGCUUCCCUCACCUCAUCACCAAGCUACCGUUCCAGCACGAGUCUCUGCUGAUGGACCGCAAGGACCUGAAACUCACCAAAGCAGAGAAGAAAGCAGCUAAGAAGAGCUACGAGGAUGAGAAGAGGGCGUCGGUGCCCUAUCAGCGUCCGUCCUACGCCCACUACUAUCCUGCCAACGAGCAAAGCCUCUCCAACAUCAGGAACUGGAGGCCGGCACCGCGGAUGGAUGAGAAGCCCAUCGCCAGCGUCCGGCCCGUCCAGUCCACUCCCAUUCCCAUGAUGCCUCGCCAGGCUGCCGUGGGAGGCCAUGCCUCCAGCCCCGCCUUCCCUGUCAACUACCUGCAGAAGGCCGGUGUCCUGGUUCAGCGUGUCAUCACUACCACUGAUAUUGUGAUUCCCGGCACAAACAGCUCGACGGACGUACAGGCGAGGAUCAGCGCUGGAGAGAGCAUCCACGUGAUCAAAGGAUCCAAAGGUACAUACAUCAGGACUAAUGAUGGGAGGAUCUUUGCCAUCCGUUCCGGAAAGCCUAGAGCCAGUGAGGGAGCUGCUCCAGCACCUAGAGAUGUGGGCGGGUCUCUCCUGCGCUCGGUCAGUAAUGGCCGCGUGUCUCCUCCCGAACUGAAGCGCUUUUCUCCGGACAGCGUGCGCCGCGUGUCUCCGUCCUCCAGCCCCAACCUGCUGCACCAGCUCCAUCAGUACACGCCCGCCUCUACCAACGACCUCACCCUCGCCGAGCUACCGACCCGCCCCGCCCAGCACGGCCACGCCUCCGAGCCUCAGCGGAGCGACGAUGUCAUUGGCUCCGGCUCCGCCCUGGACAUCCAGAGUCUGAAGAGGAAACUCCUUUCAGACUCUCGAGGCUCCAAAAGGAACACCAGCACUACGGCCGCUGCUAAUUUCCCGGCGUUCCCUGUGAGUGGCGGCUACAACAUGGGGUCCAUGGGUUUUCCUCCGGCCCUUCUGGGGGCUUUGGGUCACAUGACGCCAUCUCUGGUGGGCGGGACCAACCGAGGUCACUUUCUGAACGAUUUGCAUAGCAUGUUACCCGCCAAUGCUUUAAGCUCUGCCCACAGUUCCUCUUCAUCAACCAGUAUCGCUUCAUCAUCCUCCGCACCUCCAUCAUCCUCUUCUUCCUCCUCCUCAUCUUCCUCUAUUCCACCAUUCCUCUUCAAUCCCAGCAUGGCGAGCAUGCUGUCCGGGUUUCCCAUGCCCUACACUCAGCCUCUUCUACCGGACUCUUCUAGAAUCUUCUCCAAUUCCCUGUCCUCGUCCUCAUCCGGCUCCGCCCCCGCUGCUCCCUCCUCCUUCCUGUCACCCUCCAGCCUGCUGGGGGCGGCGCUGAGUCGACCUGACACGCACCACACACUCGCUGAGAACGGCGGGAGUAGCUCUGACGAUGAUGUCAUCGAGGUGAUCGGGCAGUGAGGAAUAUCACGGGUCCGGGGAGAAAGUGGGUGGAUGUGAACAUUGAACACUAAAUUCAACAGACCGACGGGACCAUAACACUGCUCUUCCGCUAAAUUUAAAAAAAAAAAAAAGGGAGGGGGAGGAAAGAAAAGAGAAAGGUGUCAGUCGUUCCUCUGAGACGUGUUUGGUUGCGUCACGCAGACGACUAGCGCGGCUCUUUCCAGGCAGCAGGCGUUGAAGAAACCGUGAACUUUAGAGACAUUUCGCUGUUUGCUAGAACUCGUAGCAUCGUAUAGAUAAAGGGAGAAAAUCGUGAGCUGUUUAUAUUUUUUAUUUAUGAUCUUGUUGGCGUCUGAUCUGCGUUUUUUUUUUUUUGUAAUCUGCGUACUCUGUGGUUUUGGAAAAGGAAAGCCACGAUCAUGGUGGAAAAAAAAAAGCCAUUUCUAAUUUUCAGUUUGGCCUUUUAAUAGAAAAUCAAUGAGGCUAGUGGCGAGGAUCUGGUGUUCGUUGAGAUGUUAAAAAACGCACAAUAAUCUUGUGGAAUUUGAGUAAAGGAAACGAGACGUUUGAGGCAGCGUGAUUCGAGUCUCAGAAAAAGACAGUCCAAGAAUCCUUUUUGGCUCGCUCCGACUCGGGGUUCUUUUUAGUUGGUUUUUCUUUCUGGUCACGUGGCUAAUAAACGGUUUGUGUUGAUGGUGACCCGAGCAGCAGUCCGUAUCGGCUCAAGCCUGACAGAAGCUCAAAGAAUGUACCUUGAUGUUCGCCUUCAGAGCCUCGUGGUGGAGGAAGCCGCGGGCAGUGUUAGUCCUGUAGCGGUCAGUUUCUCCUCCCCAUGACGCUGCGCAUACGUCGUGUGUGUCGACUGUUACCUCCUACACUGCUUUUCUUUUUUGUGUGUUUGCAUACGUGACCAAAGCCUGAAAAUAUUCCGAAAUUUCCAUCAACCAAUCAGUGUCUGUUCCCCAGACUCCGCCCACAACGUCUGCCGACGCCCACGACGUCUGUUCUCACCUUCAGACUCCUAGUUUGUUUUCUCUCCGAUUAGGGCAGAACUGAUUUGCUUCUUUUUCCACUGAUUGAUGAUUUUACCAGAAUUAUUUAUUUAUGAUUUGCUACUUUAUAUUUUUGUACCUUUUUUUUUUUUUUUUUUUUUGUCUGCAUUUUUUUAAUGACCUUUAAAACCACAUGACCCCUGUAUGUUUCCCACAGAAAUCUUGUUAGGAUUGUGACUCUCUUUUUGCGUGUGUGUGUUUUCUGGCGUGUUUAAGACCAGUAUCUGUGACAGAUCCAGACAAGAGCUCGCUCACACACACACACACACACACACACACUCAUCAGCUCUUGUAUUUAGCACACAGACCAGGAGAUUAAAAUGACAUUGUAUUUAUUUAAUGUUGUUUUAACAGAAAAUAAAUUCAGCAUUUC